UUUAUGGGGCUUCAUUUCUGCUGAGGUCAUGAUGGAGGGAGUCACAGUACGAGUCGGCCUCAUUGGACUGCUACUGGCCUGCGUUACCACGGCACCGAACAAUAAGAACAGGGACUGGGACAUCUACAGCUUUCACGUCAACUCCACAGUGACCAGUCGCUAUGCAACCACUACCAUCACCAGCCGAGUGGCCAAUCGGAUCGACCAGUCACAGGAAAUAGAAUUCCAUGUCAAAAUUCCCAAGACGGCCUUCAUCAGUACAUUCAAAAUGACCAUUGAUGGGCAGACGUAUGAUGGGGUUGUGAAACAGAAGGAGGAGGCUCAGCAGCAGUACACUCAGGCAGUGUCUCGUGGCCAAAGUGCUGGCAUAGUCAGUUCUGUGGGGAGGACCCUUGAGGAGUUUAAGACGUCUGUGACUGUGGCCGCGCUCAGUAAGGUGACCUUUGAACUGACCUAUGAGGAGCUGCUGAAACGCCGACUGGGCAAGUACGAACUGCUGAUCCAUGCUCGACCCAUGCAGCCUGUCGCUGACUUCAAGAUUGACGUGUACAUCAAUGAGCGACCAGGCAUUAACUUCCUGGACAUAAAAGGAGGGCUGAGCACCAAAGCGCUGGCUAAUGCCAUCACCAAAACACACGCUUCUAGUGAGGCCUGGGUACAUUUCUACCCCAGCAAGGAGCAGCAGAGCCAGUGUGACAGCUGUGGAGAGCAGGGCCUGAACGGAGACCUGGUCAUUGUCUAUGACGUCUACAGGAACACGUCCAUGGGAGAUCUCAAGGAGUCAAAAGGGUAUUUUGUCCAUCACUUUGCUCCCAGUGACCUACCACGCAUACCAAAGAAUGUAGUCUUCAUCAUCGAUCGGAGUGGCUCUAUGCAUGGCAGGAAAAUGGAGCAGACCCGUGAGGCCUUGUUGAAGAUCCUGGUAGACCUGGCAGAUGAUGACCACUUUGGCCUAAUCACCUUCGACUACUCUGUGUCUACCUGGAAGAAGGAGCUGCUGCCGGCCAACCAGGAAAACCUGGAGGCUGCCAAGAGCUUUGCACGACACAUUCACGACAGAGGAGCCACCGACAUCAAUGCUGCUGUGUUGGAGGGCACAGCCAUGCUGAAACGAAACCCACGAGAGGGCUCAGCCUCCCUCCUCAUACUACUCACUGAUGGAGACCCAACCACAGGUGAGACCAACCUGGACAAGAUCCACAAGAAUGUAAAGGAAGCCAUUGGUAAGAAAUUCCCUCUCUACUGUCUCGGCUUUGGAAUGGAUGUCAACUUUGAGUUCCUGGAGAAGAUGGCACUGGAGAACAGCGGUGUGGGACGCAGAAUAUAUGAGGACUCUGAUGCUGCUCUGCAGCUGCAGGGCUUUUAUGAAGAGGUGGCCACACCCUUAUUGACGGAUGUGCAGAUGGUGUAUGUGGGUGGGACUAACCUGACCCAGACCAACUUCAGCCAGUACUACAACGGCUCCGAGAUCGUGGUGUCUGGUCAGAUCACCGACAACAACAUAGAGACGUUCACUGCAGAGGUCAUAGCCAUAUCGAAAAACAAUAAGGUGAUGUACUCUGAGACAAUACCAACGAAGGAGCCCAUUGAAACCAGGUCUGACAACCACAUCCAGAGGCUUUGGGCCUACCUCACUGUUAAGCAGCUACUGGAAAAAGAGGGGAAAAAUGCUAUAAGAAAGGAAGAAGGAAAGGUACAUUUAAAAGACUUAUCUGAGAGGGAGAAGAUGUAUUCAAGUGCAAGAUGGAGUUCAAGUCAAAGACAACACAGGGCGGCAGUGAAAAGGGUGCAGUCAAGCGGGAAGGCAAAGGAGAAGGUGAAGAAAGAGGCCCUGGAUCUUUGUCUGAAGUAUGGCUUCGUGACUACUCUCACCUCCAUGGUGGUCACCAAGCCCCAGGGAGAGGACUCACAGGUGGCCCACAAGCCCAAGGAGGGGGAGAAGCCCUCAGGAUCCAGGCAAGGCUUCUCUGGGUCAAGCUUCCAGUUCAUGAGUGGCCAACCUGGAUUCCCCGGACACGCUCAGACAAUGGGAGGAGGAAGAAGUGUGGGAGGUGGAGUAGGAGCAGGAGCAGGAGGAGGUGGAGCAAGGAGAGGAGGAGCAGGAGUAGGAGGAGGAGGAGGAGGAGGCAUGCUGCAUGCUGCUGAGGAUGAGCAGAUGUCAUAUUCUGCCUAUAAACUGGUGAGUCCUCCCCUGAGGUUCCUGUUGCCAGCUGAGGGUCAGGCCCUGCCACUGUGCUAUGACAUCCCUGUGGCUCUCUCGCUCAGACUCCUAAAGGACCCCAACAAUGAGUUGUCCAUAAACGGUCAGCUUGGACAAUCAGCUAGCACAGGCUACCAGAAGGUUGUGAUCCACUACAAAAGUGAUCAACAUAUUGGGUUAGACACCACUCUCAUCACCUUCAAGGAUGGACAGAAUGCAACAUAUUUCUCCUGGAGCCUUAACAUCAACCACGAAACAGACAGUGUGUCUCUGAUCCUACGGGACAAGGAGAUGGACAUCACCAUAGGGUCAACACGGAUCAUCAUCAUGCUCUAUGAGAGGAAUGGAAUCAAGUUUCUGUGGCCCGUCCUGAUGCAGCGCCCAACGGGAGACAACAUUAUUGGGAUCGUGGCCCGUCCACCUGUUGCCUAUGAGGAGGUCCAGGGAACAACAAUGAAACUGAAGAUUCAGGACAAAGAAGUAGAAGUCUCCAGGAGCUCUGCUGUGGAUCUCAGUGUUCGCUCUGCCCCCACCGUGGUAUGCUGGUUGCUGCCUCUUCAGUCUGCCCUACAGGGGGAGCUAGCUGACUUCACCGUCACACAACUCUAGCUGAACACUAUACAUACAGUAAUUCUGUUCUAGAAUUAGGAAGAGCAACAAUAAAGACUGAGGUUUCUUUAUAGAGUUCUAUGAGUUCACAUAAUAACACAGCUAAAAUCUCCUGUUACAUAUUCAUUGUUGAAUAAAUGUAUCCUUUUUUGAACAGUU